ACCCCCCCGCGGCCGCGCCCCCAUCUCGCACGCCACUCCCUCUCCGCCCCUGGCCGAGGCAGUCCCGCGUCGCCCCCAUCCCCGGCCGCCGCUCCACUCGAGGCCGCCGCCCCCAUCCCCGGUCGCCUGCCGUGGCCGGCUUGCCAACGGCGCAGGCGUCGUAGCGUGGUGGCCGCUAGGGUUCUGCGCCGACGACUUGCCCUUGAACGAGGUCGCCGCCGCCCCCCUCCCCCUGCUGCUGCCCCCCUAAUCGAGACGCUGGAUAGGAGCCCGUGACGCCGACCCCUGGAGGAGCUUGCCUGACGCCGACCGGUGCCGCUUGCUUCCAAUCCGGCUAAGGAAGGACAUGCGGGAUCCAUUUGAUGCACCAGUUGAUCUCGUUAACGCAGAUCAUAAUGGUGGGAAUCAACUUUCCAGGACUAGUGUGGUGCCUGCUAGGGACUAUGGUUUACAAAAUGGUGAUGCCAAAUCCUUCGCUCCAAACUCCGACACUUUAGUCAGGCAUCAACUCCAGGGUGCAUCCAUGCAAAAAGACUUAGUUGUGGAAGACCCCAAUACUCGUCUCAUGGAUCCUGAGACCAAGGAACUUUACUUUAGAUCACAAUCACAAGAGGACGAGAUCUUGUUGCUUCGCAAGCAAGUUGCAGAUGCAUCUCUCAAGGAGCUGAGAUUGCUGAACGAAAAACAUAUUCUGGAGAGGAGGCUUACAGACUUGAGGAUGGCUGUUGACGAGAAGCAGGAAGAAGCUAUAUCUGGUGCUAUGAAACAACUGAACCAGAAGAAAAACCAUAUUGAGGAAAAUAUGAGACUGGCAAAUGAUCUAAAAGCUGAGGAAGAAGAGCUAUACCUUUUCACUUCAUCAUUGCUUAGCAUGCUAGCAGAAUACAAUGUCCGCCCACCUCAAAUAAAUGCUUCCACCAUUACAACUGGUACAAAGCGCUUGUACCAGCAGUUGUAUUGGAAGAUCAGAUCUUUAAAUGACAGUUUAGGUGAUAUGACUCAACCUGGAAACAUAUAUAAUCCCAAUCAUCAGCAAGCAACUCCGUCGAGAAAUGAACCUUCCCCAUCGUAUAAUAUGGAUGCAAAUAGGAACACUCUUCGGUAUGCUCAAGUUUCAAGUGAUCGGCAUGUUGAGCAAAUGUACCAUGGAUCCCAUUUUCAGCAGGAUAUUGUGGGCACUACACCUUCUAAUUAUUUUGAGGAAAAUGUUCGUAAUGGAGAAGCAAGAGUAGAUGGUGACUCGCAGUUGUACAGGCAUGAAAACCAGGAUUACCCAGCUGAUGGUGAUCCCUUACCUGGUAUUGAGGGGUUUCAAAUUGUUGGCGAGCCUAGACUAGGAUCUACAUUAACAGCAUGUGGUUUCCCUACAAAUGGUACUACCCUUUGCAAUUUCCAGUGGGUUCGCCAUCUUGAAAAUGGUACCAGGCAGUCUAUCGAAGGUGCUACGAUGUAUGACUAUGUGGUUACUGCAGAUGAUGUUGGCACUCUUCUUGCUGUAGACUGCACGCCUAUGGAUGAUAAUGGCCGUCAGGGUGAUUUAGUGACAAAAUUUGCUAACAAUGGGUAUAAGAUAACCUGUGAUCCAGAGAUGCAGAAUCAUAUUGAUGCAUGCAUUUUGAAUGGGAAAGCUGAAUUUGAAGUUGUUGUCCUGCAUGCAUAUUCUCCUCCUGAGGAAUGGGAACUGGCUACAUUGGUGCUUACACGACCUAGCUAUCAGAUUAAGUUAAAGCAUACUGGUGAAGUUAUAAUUGAUGAGAAGUACUCUUCAUAUCUACAGACAAAAAUUCCGAAUGGGCGCACUACUCAAUUUGUUUUAGUAAGUUCUACGGGCGCAAAUCUACCAGUUAACACACAGGGACUAUCAGACCCAAACAAUGAGGACUAUGAUGUUAGGUUACGUGACCUAAUUGUAUUGGUAAUGAGAACUUUCCAGAAAAAGGCUCUAGAUGCUAAAAGGAAAGGCAAGGCUUAGAAUCCAUGUAGAUGUGUUACAAUAGAUCCUACGAAGAAGAUUUUCCUUUUUUCUGAUUGUUUUGUGCAGUAUUCAAUAUUUUUUGUUCUCGAGGUGAAAUGAACUGUUGAUUGUAGCAGACAUUUCAAGAAUUACCCGGUGGAGUUGUGAGGGCACAUAAAUGAUUAGAGGAACCUGGUCAGUUCUUGAUCCUACUAGUGUUAACAGUAAAUUGUAGGUUUGUGUAAUUCGUUCUCGUAUCAUUGCUUGCUCUAAGUCACGGCACUGAGGUCUUUGUAAAAUUUGACGCAGCCAAUGCUGCAUAUAAACUUCUGAGGUGUCCGCUGCAGCUCUUGGAGAGAACUUUUCAUUUCUUUA